AUGGCUCCAACGUUACAACAGUGCCCCGUCUGCUUUAACCACUAUAGAAGCACUCCAGACGGGAAGUUAUGUCGGCACGGAGGUAAAGUGAAAGGACAGGAAUGCUCGGGGUCCCGGAAAAAAGUUGAUCCAUCGGGCGCGAGGGCUGCUUCGCCUCUCGGUGCCGCACCCGACCCCAAGCCUAGGUUGUCCACACGGUCGACGGCCGCAUCGGUUUCUAGUGAUCCUCUCGACCUGGAUUACUCUGGUGUUUUUGACAAGCUGACGGCCGUACUGAAAUGUGUACCGGUGUACGACCAUAUCCCUAAGCCAUGCAGGGAAAAGUUCGUACAUGAUCUGAACGCCUUGCUGACAGCUGUUUGUAAUGACCCUGGUGACCCGGCUCACUGGGUUAGACUCCACUGUUUUGUCCCAUACGUCUUACAGAAGACUUCCAGAGGGGGUCGCCGGGUCAACCAGGGCAAUCUGGUCAACAAGCGUCUAAGCGAAUAUUCAACUAUUAGUCUUGAAACCCUGGGAAACCUGUCCUCGGCUGUCAGACUUGUCUGUUCGCCGGAGAGCCUGGCGGAGAGCUCGCCAGCCACUUUCGAUAAGUGGGAUGUUACUGUCUCUGGCACCCUUGCCGAACGAUAUGUAAACCUGACAAGUAAAGAAUGCGGUUUGGCCGCGGCCAGGGCAGCCGACGAGAAAAUGAAAAAAUAUGGGAACGCCCUCCCCUCGAUGGAGUUCUUGCCAAUAUGUAUCGAGGUUCUCGGCCUGAUGGACCCCAACACCCUUACAUUUCUUAAAGCAAUAUUUAAAAUGAUCAGCGUCAGAUCAGGCGACAGCAGGGAACUGUUUUUUGCAACUAACCACAUUUCGUGCUUGUUGCAGCGGUUCCUGCGUGUCUGUGUGCUUGAAAAUAUCCAACUGAAUGCCGACAUGUGCAAUUAA